AUGGUUUAUCUGUUAGGAAAUCCUGACUUGGGGCUGCCUGCACUACAGCCGCUGCUGGUGGACAAGCUGAACUUCGGCAACAAGGAGGCGGGGCUCAAGCUCAAGCUGCGGGACGUCCGCGUCUCGGGGAUCGCCAACAGCACCUUCCACGGGGUUCGCGCCAAACUGGACGACUAUACGGUCUUCGUGGGUGGCAAAAGUCCAUUAGUGACAAUGACAGGAAGAUACAAAAUCAAUUUCACAUUCGAAGGAGAGAAAAUUGAAGGCAAAGGGCGUUUUGAAAUGAAUCUGACUGAGGUGGAGUCGAAGAACGUGCUGCACGGCGUGAAGAGCGUGAAGGAGGGCCGUCACUACGUGGACGUGCACCUGGACGGCGACAUCCUCAGCGUGGCCGGGCUCAGCGUGCGCUUCCACGGCCUCUUCACCGGCGACAAGGACAAGGAGGAGCAGGCGAACCGGCUGCUGAACGAGCACUGGCAGCAGCUGUGGUCGGCGCUGGAGCCUGCGCUGGACGCAGCCUACAACAGGCUGCUCUCUGAGAUCUCGGGAAAGGCACUCGCCCAACUGCCGCUCGCCGCCAUCCUAGACGACCCUUGA